AUGCAGCUCGACGAAACAGACAGUGUGUUUGCUGAUCUGAACUCGGCGAUCCCCGAGACGGAGCUGCUGGAUAACAGCAUACAGAAGAGUCGAGCACCGCUACCGCUAAAGAGCAGGAGGAACCGACCAUCACGCUCCCGUCUCACUGACAGCCUGAGCUCCACCGAGGGGGACGAGGGGCCUGACACCAGGUCUGCAGACACGCCCCUGCACUCAGCCCCACUGCACUCGUUCCUCCGUGACUCCACCCUCACCCCAGAGCUCCUCCUGUCCUCCUUUGACUCCGCCCUCACACGUCGAACUACAGAGGAACCUAAAGCUCAUCGUUACCGUCAGCUCACCAACACCACAUCCCACGAUGCACUACUGCCCCCAGCCCCACCUUCACCCUGCAGAUCGUGUCCCGAAACCUCCCCUGUGCACUUCCGCAGGGGCCGACGCCCUGAAAGCGAAGUGUUGGUAUCAGAUGACAGUCAGGAUGAUACUGUGGCCGAGUCUGACAGUCCCACUGUGGUUCUUGAUAAAAAGACCAAACGGAGGUUCCUGGAUCUGGGGGUGACUCUGCGUCGUUCAUAUGUCAGAGUGAAGAAAGAUAACGCAAAAAGAUUUUCUCUGGGAAGCCGAGAGCUGUGUGAGAACUCUUCCCGCCAUUCGGGAUCCUUCGUGCCUUUUUCCUGGUUUUCUGACAGCCACCGUUCCUCCUCCACUUCCUCGUCUCCCCGCAUGGGGGCGCACUCCCGCAGCCCGAGCAAGUCCGACUCUCAGGAGUCAGCAUUCAGUGAUGAGUUUUCUCCUAAAAGUCCUCUGGCUCCAUCUGAGUCACGCUCCUCCCAUCACCCCUACCAGACUCUGUCCCAGUCUUCAGAUGAGCGUGCAGAUGAGCCUCAGUGUGUGGCAAAAUCAUGGAGCACACAGCAGGUGUGUGAUUGGUUGAAAAGUUUAAACAUGGAGCAGUACGUCCCUGAGUUCAGGGACAAAGAUGUGGACGGAGAACUCCUGCUGCGGAUGGAUGGCACCAAACUCAAGGCUCUUGGUGUGUUAAACUCAUCAGAUCGCAGCGUUCUGAAGCGUCGCAUUAAAGACAUACAUGCUGCAGCGGAAAAGGAAAGGAAAGCUCUGGACAAACUGGAAAAACAGAGAGAGAAGCAGCGGAAGAAAGACCAGGAGCAGAGGAGGAGUUAAACAUGGAGGCAAAAUGGGGCUGCGUCCCAAACACCCCCAGAAUUUCAUCAUCACUUAGUGUUCUUAUUCAAACAUUGGCCAUUUUGAGAAAGUCCUUGAGCAGACUUUGCCCAUUUUAGUAAGACUUCCUGAUAGAAAGGUGUGAGUGAUUAAUACCCAUAAUGUACUGGUAGCAUGUGUCAGGUUUAGCAGUGAAAAUGGCGGUGAGCUGGUUUAAUACCCACAGUGUGUAAAGUUCACUAAAUCAUCUUUUACAUAGAACUUGAGAUCAGAAGUGUUUAGCAGUCAUCUCACAGGUUUUGGUUAAGCAUGCUAAUUCGUGUUUAAUGCUAAUCUUGUAUGCUAACUGCUGAUUAGCAUUUGAUUAUGCAUUUCCUGAGCAAAAUAAAAUCUGAUAAUCCACCAUUAGGAACAUCACAUCCCAUUAAUCUACCAUGACAGACCAACAGAAACACUUUAGGA